CCGCCCACAGGCUCCCGGAGUUCCCAGCAGGCCCUGCGCUCCGAGGUGCUGCCGGACAAGUGGGCGGUCCCAGGCGCCGGAAAACCGCCGGGGAACUACAUUUCCCAAAAGGCUCCGCGGGGCGCGGCUGACUGGCGGAAGCGAGGCCGGCGACGGCGUGACGAAGCGCAGGGACGCUGGCGCGCGGGGUUUAAACUGCGGCGGUUUACGGGCGUUAGGACUUCGUCGAGUUAGGGGAGUUGGAGGAUCUCGGUGCUUUUUUUUCCCGGCGCAUCUGCCGACUGACUGCCCAAUGGACUCGACGCUUCAGGCCCGCUUGUUUCCCGGUCUCGACAUCAAGAUCCAACGCAGUAAUGGCCUAAUUCACAGUGCCAACGUAAGGACUGUGGACUUGGAGAAAGCCUGUGUUUCAGUGGAAUGGAUAGAAGGAGGUGCCACAAAGGGCAAAGAGAUUGAUUUUGAUGAUGUGGCUGCAAUAAACCCAGAACUCUUACAGCCUCUUCCCUUACACCCGAAGGACAAUCUGCCUCUGCAGAAACAAAAGCGCAGAUCAGUCAACUCCAAAAUUCCCGCUCCAAAGGAAGGUAAAUGCAUUUCUACUGGUUUAUUGUCAUGGGGUUGUGCCCAGAAUGAUGUUCCUGGGGCUUAGGAACCUGUGAAGUAGACUCAUUGUUCCAGUUUAGCAGGUGACUUCUAUGUGUGCUGAGUCCUGCCCCAUCUUCCUCAGUGAGGAAGAAUCCAACCUACAGGGAGGAGGAAAUGGAGAGGUAUUGGUCAAAGGGUACAAAGUUUCAGUUAUGCAAAAUAAG